CAAACGUAAGCAUAUAUAAAAUUGCUUUCAACUGCCUCUACAUUGUCGUUUCUUCACACAUUUCUGUAUCUUACUCGAAUUGCUACGUAAGCAAUCGUUCAAUGAAUCGUUCGAAAUUAUUUGAUUUCGAUCCAUCUUAGAAAAUAUCGAUUCUUUUACUCGAAGAAACGAUCACACACAAAAGGUUAAAAACGUUUUCAUCCCCACAUCACUAACCCAACAAUUCGGUUUCUGGAGUUCGGUUUCUCUGCAGACCACCACCAGGGGGCGUCAGCUUAGCUUCCCCCUUUCAUUACUUUCCCCCCCUCUAGACGCGAAGCGACGUCCAUCGUUUUCUAUUCUCUCUCUUGUCAUCUUUGCAUUCCCCACUAUUUCCUGGAUUUAUAAUUUACCCCCAAAAAAACCGGUUUAAGACCUCCUAUUCUUGCUGGCAGAAGAUUUCCUGGAUUUUUCUGGAGAAGGAAGGAUAACUGAGCAUCUCUGUGUGGAAGUGGAGGUAUAAAGACCGGUUAGGAGUGGAAACCGGCGGCCAUGUUGUCGGCUACCUGGGGCACCUGCACGUGCCGUCCACCCCCGCCCCCUGCUUAGGACCGAUCAGGAAAGGGGAGGCGGGUGAUGCCGCCUUGGGCCGACACCAUGGGAAACACUCAACCCAGGGCAGGUCAUCAUCACCACCAUCAUCAACAGCAACAGCAGCAGCACCAGCGAGAGCAACAGUCUCACCAUCAUCACCAACGCCGUAACCGCAGAGAGUCAUCGGUGGAUCUUGCAGCGGUCACUGAAGCCCAUGGUCUAGUCUCAGACAUGCUCGCCGAUCCCCAACUCCCGCCCCACAUUGUUACAGGGCUGCGCACUCUGUCCUCCCUCCUCUCACCAGCCCCGGCGACCGCCUCUGCCUCUUCCUCAUGUUGUGCGCCCCCUCGAAUGCAUCAUCGUCGCUCACCCCAGAGACGGAAAGGAAGUCUCAUACUACCCUACUUCCGGUCUACAUCCGAUAAUGAAGAAAUACCUUUUACGGGAGAGAGACCGUCAGCUCUGCCAAAGCGUCUCCGGAAAAACCUGGCUCCCAGCGUGCUGCGGCGCAUGUCUACUGCCACUUGGACGACGACGACUACUGCCACAGGAAUGCCCACACUAGAACCGGAGCCUCUGAGGAAAAGGAGCACGAGCUUCAGAAAUUUGCAGUCGCCGCCACCGACGGGUUCCAUCAACGAUGACGAUCAAAUUUAUCAGGAAAAUAACAACAUAAGGGUUGACGAGGAAGAGCGACAAUUUUCACCGGGUUUAGAAUCUCUGAUUGCGGCUUUACCAGAGCAGCAGAAGAGGCCGCCCAAAGGUCAACGCUCCUACUCGACCACCGCACUGCCUUCGGGUCAUCCUAAGAGGAAAGAUUCUCGUGGUCGGAAGACUGUAGCCUCUCUGCACCCUCUUACGCCACAUGACGUCAAGUGCUUGACGUCACUGCACGAGGACGCCACCAGAAGGACAGGCGAGGAGCAGGAAGCGGAUGAAGGGAUUGCGUCCAAGGAACCGCAAGAUGAAACUAUCAAGGAAGAGGAGGAGGAUGAAGAUGAAGAUGAAGAAGAGGGUCUAGCGCCGCUUCCUUCUUUUCGCCGAUCCGCCGCUAUGUCCUCGGAUUACGAGAGUAGCGACUCACCUCCUAGUGGCCCAGAAGACGCCGGAGGGCGACGAAUACUGAGGACGCAUGCCUCUGUCCAGACCACGGCAACGUGGGGCGGUAAAGGACCUUGUGCCCUGUGUGGAAGAUCCGCCCCAUUCACGCCUUCACCUCUUACUAUAGCACCACUAGCCUCUUCUGAACAGGAAAUUACUGAAGAAGAUUCGGAAGAAGAAGGUCUGAUCAUCCAACUUCAGGAUGCAGUUUACGAUCUUGAAGCUCUAGCUAACGAUCCCCUUCUUGGACUCAUUGACAUUUGGGAUUUUCCUGUUUUUGACAUGGAACGCCAAGCGGGUACUCUAAUCCUUAGCCAAAUGUGCUACCGUGUGUUCCUAGCUACGGGAUUAUUCGAAUCUUUUCGUAUACCGAUGCUCCCAUUUUUUGCCUACUUUCAUGAGCUGGAAAAAGGAUACAGAGACAAGCCAUACCAUAAUCGAAUGCACGCAAGUGAUGUCCUCCACGGAGUAUAUUUCCUCAUCUCUCAGCCCAUUCCUGGUUUCUGCCAAGUUUCUUCUGAUUCAACAGACUCACCUUUACACAGAACUCUCAGUGGUCGCGAGGCUCAGGAACGAUGGUCAACUUCAAGACAAGCCACUGUAGAUAAUCAAAUAAAAUCCUUCAUAGACGAUGAAGAUGAAGAUGAUGAAUCUGAUGAUGAGAAGGAUGUUUAUGGCGUGAUGGGAGCCAAUUUUCCAGCCCUAGAAAUUAUGGCUCUCUACGCUGCAGCAGCCAUGCAUGACUAUGACCAUCCGGGAAGGACCAAUGCAUUUAUUGUAGCAACUCUAUCUCCACAGGCUAUUCUUUACAAUGACCGAUCGGUGCUUGAAAACCACCAUUCUGCAGCUGCGUGGAGUCUAUUGCUCUCCGACAAUCGAUACAACUGGCUGAGGUACUUGGACGAGGCAGAGUUUAAGAGGUUUCGUUUCCUAGUUAUAGAACUAAUAUUAGCCACAGAUCUGAAGAGGCAUUUUGACAUUGUCACUGACUUCAGUGCUAAAAUGUCAGAUGAAGAAUCCCCUCCUCUCGAUUGGGCCAGUGAAGCUGAUAGAUUACUGGUGAUGCAAAUGGCUAUAAAACUAUCAGACAUAAACGGUCCUUGCAAGUGUCGACAGUUGCAUAUGCAAUGGACACAUAGAAUUGCAGAAGAGUUCUAUGAACAAGGAGACGAAGAGAGAUCUUUAGGCUUUCCUAUUUCUCGGUACAUGGACCGUGAGAAGCCGCAACUGGCCAAACUUCAGGAAUCCUUCAUUGGACACCUUGUAGCUCCUCUAUGUCGUAGUUAUGCUGAAGCAGCCCUUCUUCCUGGAGUAUGGGUACGGCUCUCACACGAUCAAAGUGCAGAAGAAUUAUCAGAAGAUGAUUUAGAUCUUCCAAGACGGGUAGAAGAAAUAAUUAUAGGUGGUAAACAAAAGAAGCAGCCACUUUCGAGAGUGAGAAGAAAAGUUGUCCAUUGUCAACAAACUAAAAAUCUUCAAGACAAUUACGACUACUGGAUGGCGGUACAGAGGAGGGAAGAGGAACAACAAAGUCAGGUUUCCACCAUAGGGACCACAGAGCCUUGUACAUAAAAAAAGGAACAUAAAUGUUCAAAUCUUUCCCAGGAACUCUCGCAGUGUGGUACAGACGCACACUUCCAAACAGACUCAUUACUGGUUAUCAUGGCGUGCGCAGAACUGUUUGCGGGACAAUCCAGAGCUUAUUCUUCGUCAUCCUUCUAACUCCGAUUCAAUUCUUUCUGUGAUAUCCCACCUCUUCAAGGACCUCUUCAAGGACCUAUCCCACCUCUUCAAGGACCUGAAAAAGAAAAAAGAAAUUUCAAGGCAUUCAUCAACAUCCCAAAGGAUUAUGGAGACCGCAAAGAAACCUAUUUCGAAAGACUCUUUACACUGGCAUCAGUGGCGUGGAAUAUUUGGCAAGAUAAUUGAUUCUUGCGAGCCAUCCAUUACUUUGAGGAACAACCUAUUCUUCUGAUUGGCCAACCUGUCCUUCUGUUUUUCGCCAUCUAUUAAUGUCAGAGAGAACGGAGACAACACUCGUUUAUAUUAGUUAAAGUAGGUCUUGGCGUCGCAGCAGGUACGGCCAUAAAAUAAAGGCCAUUUUUAUGGCCUGAUAAGACACAAAAUGAAAAAUCCAUAUCAAGCUUAAUUACCAUUUUAGCUAUUAAUAGGCUUGUUAAGGGGAAAAAAGUCAUAUCAUUAGCAUCUUUUUAAUAGAUGUUAUUUAUACACAUUUAUGGACCAGAAAUUAUUCUAAAAUGUUUCGAUGAUAUAUUUUUAAAAAAUGAUAAAUAUCAUUUUUUGGGUGAAUUUGUAAAAAUUGUCCUUAAUGCGUGUCUUUAUACAAAUUUACACUAUAGGUGCAAAACAAAAUAUAAUAAAUUUAAAAGAAGUUAAUACUAGAACUUGCUGUGCUACAUAAAAGCUACUGUAAGAGUUUUUCUAAAAUAUUUCGUUCAAGCAAAGUAAGGACUGCUUAAGACUUAUUUUUUGAAAAAAAUUUAAUUUUUGCCAAGAACAAAAUUUUUUA